UCUAACCCCAACCAAACCUUUCCUCAACGGAAUCCACUAAACUCACAAUCUUAGUCUUCUUUUGAGAGAGAAAGAGAGAGAGAGGCCGGAACCAUUCUCCGAUCGCGCCGGUGGUUCGGUUUAUGGUCAUCGGAGAAUCGCUGAUCUCGUUUCGGUUUCGAAUCGUCUUUGUAGGCGACUGGAGAUGGUGAAUUCCAUGGUCGAGCGCGCCACGAGCGACAUGCUCAUAGGGCCCGAUUGGGCCAUGAACAUUGAGAUCUGCGACAUGCUCAAUCAUGACCCUGGGCAAGCAAAGGAUGUCGUGAAAGGGAUAAAGAAGAAGAUUGGAAGUAAAAAUUCAAAAGUUCAACUUCUUGCACUAACUUUGUUGGAGACAAUCAUAAAGAACUGUGGAGAUAUUGUUCAUAUGCAUGUUGCAGAGAGAGAUGUGCUUCAUGAUAUGGUCAAAAUAGUGAAGAAAAAGCCUGAUUUUCAUGUCAAAGAGAAGAUAUUGACUCUUAUAGAUACUUGGCAAGAAGCAUUUGGAGGCCCGAGGGCAAGAUAUCCACAAUAUUUUGCUGCUUAUCAGGAACUGUUGCGUGCUGGGGCAGUAUUCCCUCAGAGAUCGGAACAAUCUGCACCUGUAUUCACACCUCCACAAACACAGCCAUUGGCGUCAUACCCUCAAAAUAUACGUGACACGGAUACUCGUCAGGACACAGCUGAAUCCUCUGCUGAGUCUGAGUUUCCAACUCUAAGUUUGACAGAAAUUCAGAAUGCUCGUGGCAUCAUGGAUGUUCUUGCAGAAAUGCUCAAUGCCUUAGAUCCUAGCAACAAAGAAGGGAUUAGACAGGAGGUUAUUGUGGACUUGGUGGAGCAGUGUCGAACUUACAAGCAGAGAGUGGUACACCUUGUCAACUCAACUUCCGAUGAAUCACUGCUAUGCCAAGGACUGGCCCUGAAUGAUGAUCUGCAGCGUGUACUAGCCAAGCACGAAUCUAUUUCUUCGGGAACUCCCGCCCAAAACCAAAAUCACACAGAAAAUUCAAAACCUGCCCUUCCUGGAGCACUUGUAGAUAUAGAUGCUCCUUUGGUUGAUACUGGGGAUACUAGCAGACAAACUAAAGAAAGACCCUCUUCUAAUGUUGAAGCAGAAUCCCAAACAAUGAAUCAGUUGCUGCUUCCUGCGCCUCCUACUUCUAAUGGUUCAACAAUUCCUGUUAAGGUUGACCCCAAAUUGGACCUACUCAGUGGUGAUGACUAUAACUCUCCAAAGGCAGAUGCUUCAAAUGCUCUUGUUCCUGUGGGAGAACAACCACCUGCUAGUCCUGUUUCUCAGCAGAAUGCCCUUGUUCUUUUUGAUAUGUUUUCCAAUGGAAAUAAUGCACCUACAUCUGUCAAUAGCCAGCUGCCCCAGCCAGCCAAUGUUGCUGGCCAAAGCACUCCAUAUACUCCCCAAUUUCAGCAACAGCAAACAGUCAUAUCUCAAGGUGGAUUUUACCCCAAUGGAAAUGUCCCAAAUGCGGGUUCGCCUCAGUACGAGCAACAACCGCUGUAUACACACGGUACAGGUCCUGCAUGGAAUGGUCAGGUUGCACAACAGCAGCAACAACCACCUUCGCCUAUUUAUGGUACGCAAAGCGGUGGAUCAUUGCCACCCCCUCCUUGGGAAGCUCAAGCAGCAGAUAAUGGAAGUUCAGUAGGUGGCGCUCAGUAUCCAUAUGUGCAGAAUGCUGCACAUCCUCCAGGGUCUCAAACAAUGGGCAAUGAGCAGGGCGUUGGCAUGUAUAUGCAGCCAAAUGCUAACAGCCAUAUGCCAGGAAUGCAUAACCAUGUUGGGAGCAAUCAAAUGGGCUUACAUCCUCAGCAUAUACAAGGUGUUGCUGGGCCCUACAUGGGUAUGGCUUCACAUCAAAUGCAGGGUGGUCCUGUGAUGUAUCCUCAACAGAUGUACGGAACCCAAUUUAUGGGAUACGGUUAUGAUCAUCAGCAACAAGGAGUUCCAUAUAUUGAACGUCAAAUGUAUGGUAUGUCUGUGAAAGAUGACAGUGCCUUGAGAAACUCUUACACAGUUUCUACCACAUCUUAUGCUCCACCAUCUGGGAAACCUUCCAAGCCAGAGGAUAAGUUAUUUGGUGACCUUGUUAACUUGGCAAAGGUGAAGCCCAAUCCCACCCCAGGCCGAGCUGGUAGCAUGUAAAAACUAAAUUACCGGGUUUGCACAUUUCAUCCGAUUGCUAACUUUUGGCCUCCUUUUUCUUUGAUUUUUAUUUUUUAUGUUUUCAUAUUACUAUAUAUAUAUAAUUUUUUUUGGUUCUUGUUACAUAUUGUUUGCUUGUCUGGGAAUUAGCAUUUGAUAAUGUACAUUCGUUUUAGAGAAAAUAUUGAAAAAUGGGGAGAAAGGGGCUAAACCAUAAUUGGUUUUGGAUUGUAAUUUGUGACAAUUCUCCUUGUAUUACAUUACAUUCCCUUCUUGUGCCUGUAGUUA